CUCUGCAGCGUUGAAAUGACACCGUGGGAAAGCAGCGCGCUUCAAACCGAGGCGCUCCGGGCGGAACUUUGGACAGAGGCACGAGCAAGGGACGUAAAACGAGCAGGUAUGAAGAGGAACCACGACUUCAGCUCCUCGGACAGCGAGCUGGAUGAAACCAUCGAGGUGGAGAAGGAAAGCGCGGAUGAAAAUGGGAACAUGAGCUCCCCUCUGCGCUCCAUGUCUCCAACAACCUCCACUCAGGUGCAGGCCAGGAAAAGACGCAGAGGAAUUAUUGAGAAAAGACGCAGGGACAGGAUAAACAACAGCCUCAGUGAGCUCCGCAGGCUGGUUCCCAGCGCCUAUGAGAAACAGGGAUCUGCCAAACUGGAGAAAGCAGAGAUCCUGCAGAUGACUGUUGAUCAUCUGAAGAUGCUUCACGCUGCAGGAGGCAAAGGUUACUUCGAUGCCCACGCCCUGGCGAUGGACUAUCGUGGUUUGGGUUUCAGGGAGUGCCUGGCAGAAACGGCCCGCUACCUGAGCAUCAUCGAGGGCCUGGACAGCACGGACCCCCUCAGGAUCCGUCUGGUGUCCCACCUGAACAACUAUGCCAGUCAGAGGGAGGCUCACUCGGGCCUGAGCCACCUGGCCUGGGGCUCGGCUUUCGGGUCCCCCCCAGCCCCGCUCACGCACCCCCUCCUCCUGCAGCACCCGCCGGCCCCGGCUCCUCUGGCCCCUCUGCCCCGCAGCGCCACCAGCAGCCCUUCCAACCCGCUGUCGACCUCCUCGUCUCCGUCCUCCUCCUCGUCCGCCUCGUCCUCGUCCUCCUCGCUGGCCGCGGAGACUCAUGCCCCGGGGGGCCGGCGCAGCGCCACCGCCACCCCUCACUCGGAGCAGGGCCCCGUCCGGGUCCCCUCCACCGCGGCGUCCACCGUCCUCCACCCGGCUCUGGUCCCCUCGUCGGCGUCCAAGCUGUCCCCUCCUCUGCUGUCCUCCCUCUCGGCGUUCCCCUUCGCCUUCGGCGCCUUCCCCAUCAUCUCGCCCGCCUCCGCCGUCAGCCCCCCAGCUCAGACCUCCGGCGUGGGCAAACCCUACAGACCCUGGGGCAUGGAGAUUGGAGCGUUCUGACUAAAAUAAGAACUUCUUAUAGACUGAGCGGGACUCUUGGACUUUAUUCUCCCUUUUUAAAAAGUGUUACCUUUUUACUGAGUACAGAAAAUAGAAAAAGUGUCUUUUUUUAAAAAAACAAACAUUUUAGUUAUUCUCCACACGAAGCUGUAGGGGAACUUAAAAGCAACGAGUGACUGUAACGUGUUGAUUGACCUGUUCUCACCACGCCUUUAGAAGUUUCAGCCCGAUGGCUUUUCCAGAUGGUCAAGCGAGUUCCUAGAGACGAAAGUACCCCCGCCCACACCCCCCACCCUGGUUUCUGUUAUCCAGAUCUGAAACAGUAAGUGUUGGUGCCCUGGUUGCAGCUGAGCGUCACCCCGCUUUUGUUUUUUCACACCGAUUUAUGAGGUGGAAUAACUGAAACCAGGUGCUUCUUUAACUCAACACCAGCCUGGCUCUAAUGUGGGACUAUUGUUCAAACACACCUUUUUUUUUACUUUUAAACAUCACCUUCUCUUUUUAGUUGUUUACUUGUUUUAAAGCUCAACCAGUCCAAUGUUAGAAAUAAAUCAUUGUCUCACUGCAAGUUUGUAUAUUUUAUAGUUGAGCACUGAUGAAUCAGAUGUUUCAUCCUUUUUUAAUUGUUGCUGCUUCCCUACAAUAAAGAGUUCUGAUCAAC